AUGGCUGGAAGGAAUGAUGUUGCACUUGCUGCUGCUCUGCAAGCAAUGGCUCAGGCUAUGCAGAAUCGGCCGAAUGCUGACGAGAAUUUUGGAUCUCGCAGUUUGGCGACCUUCCAAAGGGAGAAUCCGCCUACCUUCAAGGAAAAACCCUAUACACGCUCUAAACCACAAAACGUCUCCCUCCCUUUGCCGUCACUGUUCUCCUCCCACGAACCCGCCGUCUCUCCACACCAUCUCCGCCGUCUCUCCACAAACCGCUUCCUCCCUUCGCCGCCCACAAACCUGCGUCACUGUUCAGCCCACAAACCUGCCGUCUCUGUCGUCUUCUCCACACCUCCGCCGGUUCGUCUUCCUCCGCCAGUUCGUCUACCUCCGCCGGAUCGUCUUCCUCCGCCGGUGCGUCUUCCUCCGCCGAUUCGUCUUCCUCCUUCCGUUCUUUUGGAGUUCAUCAAAUGGCAAAUGGAAAUAGAAAAAAGGUUACAUGGAUUCAUCCCAAUACAAGACAACAACAUAACUCUAAUGAUUGUGGGUAUUAUGUGA